UUCUCUUUUCCAUGCUUCGAAUUAAUUCCAUUCAUUCAUCGUGAAAAAGUGUGUCAGUAAAGUUCGUGAGUGUUACAAAGUGAACAUUUUCCUAAUUAUUGAAGCUAAUUUUGCACUGAAGAACGCUUAAUUUUGCAGUAAAGCAGGAAACAAGGUCGGAGCGCUAGCCAGCUCAACACAUUCAAUUUUGGAAGGUAUCGUUUCAGUGUGCUAUGAGUAGUGCUGGCGAUACUAUUGUAAGUACCGUAUUGCAUAGCAGUUGUAUGAGCUCGCAAGAUAAAUCUGGUUUACAACCGAGUGGAUUCUCCGGAAACAACCCGUACGGAAUGGCAUAUCAGCAAUACGCUCAGUAUUGCAACGCCUACUACCAGCAGUUGCAGUUUAACUCAAGUGGGGGGAUUCCGAUUAAUGUACCACCACCGCCGCUGCCCGCGCCCGGAUCGGCAAAUACCGGUAGUGGGAAAAAUCAAAAUGUGUUUGCCGCCGACGAGGACGACGUACCCAACAAUUUUGAAACUUCGUCGUCAGCCUCGCCGUCUGCAGGUAGUUUAAUGAACACGACAACAUUUUUUAGCUCUCCUCAGCAACAACAGGAAGGAAAGAUGCAAGGGCUCAAGCAAGCACCUAGCCAGUUUGGUCCAAUUCGGUUCAACAUCAGCAAACAGCCACAGCGAGUGAGUCCACUGGUUCAAGCUAAUCCCUUGAAUCAUGGGCUACAGCAACAGCAGCCUCAACAACAGCAACAACAUUCGAAUUUACCACAGCAAUUCAACCAGCCAAGCAAACGGAAGAAGAAGAAAAACAAGAAUAACAUGAACAACAAUGUUACUAACCAGGCUCAGAAAAAACCUAUGUUUAAUUCAGCGAAUAUUCCACCGUUAAUGGCAUCAGGUACUGGAGGAUCUAACUUUCAAGUGUCGAUGCCGGUUCCGGAUCUAAGCAGGCCUCCCCCACCAAUUCCUAACCAAUCUUCAAUUGGAGGUACCAUCAGUACAUCAGUUCCUCCACCACCGACCAUGAAGAAACCAGAUCCGUUUCAUAACCCAACCGAUGCAUGGCCCGAAAGCUUGAACAACUUUGUCGCGCGCUGUUAUGCCAAAUGUAAGACAGAUUUUGAUAAAGAUCAAAUCGAUAUCUGCCUUAAAGGGCGUAUUACAGCUGCCGCGAAUAAAGGUGAAUUGUGGACCAAAGAUUGGGAUAACGAACCGGUACCAAGUGUACACAGUGAACGGGAGACGAUAAUCCCGAAUAAUAAACCCCAGAACGCGGGUAUUGUUGGAAGUAUCAAUCAAUAUCAAAACACUAGGAAAAGUAGAAGUCCCAGCAACAAUGGCUACGGACAGAGGAACAACAGCCAAAAUUACUCGCGUAAAAAUGGUGGAUCGGCAGGAAUUUCGCAUUCACUUGGGUCUCGCCUAGGGAUCAAGUCUGGAUCGAAAAAGUCCCGUUCUUCCCAUUCACGUUCUCGCUCUCCCCCUAGUCGGUAUAGCCGCAAUCGUCACAGCCGUUCUUCCAGUGGCGAAUCUCGCUCACCUCGUCGAAAACGCCGAUCCUCGGAUAGUAGCGAGGACAGCCGUGCGUCCUCCAAGCAGUAUAAAGUAAAAAAUCAAAAGCCAACUCAAAAAAAUAAAUCGUCUGGUACUGCCAAAAACCAGAAAAAGUCUGGUUUCUAUUCAGAACACGGUCAGAUUGGUGGUGCCGUCGAUGGUGAUCAGGAAGCGCUCAAAAAACGUGCUGCGCGCUUCAACAACUCCAGCUCACGGAAAGUCUCGCCUCCCCGCCUUGCAUCGCCGAUCAAGAAGCGCCUUCAGUUACCAACACCGUCUCGUCUGUUCAUUGAAGAUACCACCGGUGAUAACGAAGCUGGACUGGAUCUGUUUGAUCUGCACAUCGUCGGUACCUGUCGGGAUCUAGAGAAGAGUUUCCUACGACUCACCAAGGCCCCAGCCCCGUCCGAAGUACGACCCGUGGAGGUGCUUCGCUACUCGCUGCAGAAUGUGAAGAACAAAUGGGUCGAAAAGCAGGACUAUUACUACGCGUGCGAUCAACUGAAGUCCAUCCGGCAGGAUUUGACGGUUCAAGGUAUUCGGGACGAGUUUACGGUCCAGGUGUACGAAACGCAUGCCCGCAUAGCCAUGGAAAAGGGUGACCACGAGGAGUUCAACCAGUGUCAAACACAGCUCAAGAUGCUUUACUCAGAGGUGGGAGGCGAGAAUAUACUGGAGUUUAUCGCGUAUCGGAUCCUGUACUACAUUUUCACCAAAAACACGCUUGAUCUGACCACCAUUUUAAAAGCGCUUACACCCGCGGAACGCGAGCACGAUAUAAUUAUUUUUGCGCUCAAAUUACGUUCCGCCUGGGCCCUUGGCAAUUACAGUAAGUUCUUCAAUCUGUACCGUGUGGCCCCCCUGAUGGCUGGCUACCUGAUCGAUUGGUUCAUUGAACGGGAGCGCAAAAUUGCCCUGAAGAACAUAAUUAAAGCUUAUCGUCCCAAUUGCCCGGUGGACUAUGUCAGUCAGACGUUGGCGUUUGAGAGCGAGGACGUAUGUUUCGAUUGGCUAUCGACGUUCGAAUUGACCUUCAUUUCGAAGCAAGAGACUCCCGGUACCGAUGCUGCUACUGCUGAUACAACGGCGACUAAUGUGAAGAGGCUGAUCGACUGCAAGACCAGCAUGAAUGUGGUGAUGAAUUUCUAAGCUCCGUUUGGUGGUGCCGCUUCUCCAUUCCACGUGUAGUAGUCCUUCCUGUUGGCGGUCUCGUUCGUUUGAUUUUCUUAAUUAUCGGUUAAUUGUUCGAUUCACUCACCGUACAAGAUUUAUUGGGUGAUUCCUUCAGAGGAGAUCAACAAAGGCAGUGAGGUUGUUCAGUAAGCGCACCGGAAGAUAGGGGUUCGUUUUAGAACUCUUCUGCUGAUGACUGGCUGCAUCAAGACCAAAGGACUGUCCGAUUGCUCUAAUAUUAUUGAUGAGCAUUAGGCUUCAACAAGGACAACGUGGAAUGAGGAUCUGUAAAAGUGCUUAUUGUGUGUAUGUGCGAUGUAAUGUAAAGAACUUGCUUGUUGAGAAUCGAGAAUUAAUUGAACAUUACCGACGAUCAGUAUCGAUCGUUGUGCUUUGUGGAGAUUUCCCCGGAUCGAGAGGAUGACGUGAACAAUCACAUGCUCAAGGAUCAUAGUUGGAUCAGUAGCUACCAGGAUAAGGUAUUUUUUUCGGAUCGGCCAUGGAUGGCCAUUAUCGAAAACAUAAAGGGUCACAAUAACACACUGGCUCCUAAUUGAUGAUUUGAUUUAAUCGAAAGCAAAAAUGAUCUACAUUCGAACCGGAUCUGUGCCUCUUCUGCAAGCCAAAUCGGCUACUCUGCCUGGAAAAUAUUCCUCUCUGUUGGAAUUUAUGGAUGCGGCAUCAAGUCAACUCUGUAAAGAAAAAACGAGAUUUCAGAUUCAACCGAUAGAAUGGAACCAUGAUUAUUUCGCUCAUCACUGAACAGAACAGUCAGUGACUAUGAUGAAUACCGUAAGAAUACCUAACAAAACAACAUAGGAGCCUGGGAUUGUUCCACAAGGCAACGAUUCAACAAAACAUGCAAACAAACGCACGAGGGAGUGCCAAAGGGAAGAUAGGAACAGUUGGAAAUACCAACAACGGACACCGCUCAGAAAAAUUAUCUGUAUAUAUUAUUUAAUAACAGUGAUUACAGUGAACAAUUGUACAGACUAAGUGAAUAUAGGUGUAAAUACUUCAGAAAUGUGAAUUAAUAGGAACAAUCGGUAGUGUGCUGGUAUACCGUCGUAUAAACUCUUGGUAGAACGAUGUGAUUAGAUAGGUCGAUCUUUGGACAUGCCGCAAAAAGAAAAACGAUGCCGCGAUUUUUGUUUUUCUGGGAAUUUAUAGGUUCAUCUGGACGGGAAAGUGGUGAUCCUCAACCUUGGAGGCAGGAGCUUCCAGUCAUCGAUUGCCAGCAAGAAACGAUCAACGCCUGAUCGAUGCUGCGUGUUAUGCUGCUGUAUUAUUUGUAUUCCAACAUCCCAAACUUCCAUCCGUGAGCAGAAACAUCCCUAUCCUGAACAUCCUAUCUAAGACACUCAAAUGGAUCCUUUCUCGCCGCAGGCAUUCCCGUCCCAUGCCGAAUCCUAUCCUUUCACAAAUAUCAAGAAAUAUUCACCUCGAAAUUUGAUGGUGAGGCUGUGAACUCUUUGCUGAUUGUGAAGACGAAUGAAAUGAAAGAAACUUUCUUAUGUUCUACCUUUCUUCCUACAGAAAGGCGUUCUUUUGCUUUGAUUUUAUUCUGUUUUUGUCGUUAAUUAGUUUUUAUCGGAAUUAAUUAAUAAAUUUUAUUGAACAUAAACCAUUUUUCAAGAAAGGAUUAGAACUAUUCCUGCUACAUGGAAUGAUCAUCUCAAAUAAAAGCCAAUAAAAAAAUUAA